ACGCUGGUGUCAUUGAUGCUGUCGAGUCAGACCAAAGACAUUACAAAUGCAGCGACAAUGAAGAUACUCAGAGCAUACGAGCCAGGGGGUUUGACCGUACAGACGGUAUUGGAUAUGACGCAUGGUACGCUGAAUGGCAUGAUUAAUAAGGUUGGAUUCCACAACCAGAAGACAAUCCGCAUCAAACAAGUAGCUCAGAUGGUACAUGACGAGUACGACGGGAAGAUACCCGACACCUUCGAAGGGUUGGUAGCUCUGCCGGGUGUAGGGCCCAAGAUGGCUAUCAUCACACUGCGAGUGGCAUUUAACAAUGUGAUGGGCAUAUCAGUGGACACGCACGUGCACCAGAUUGCGAACAAGUUGAAAUGGACCGGUCCUAAAGGAAUGGCCGAGUGCAACACACCGGAGCGGACCCGCGCGGCUAUUGAAAGCUGGAUACCAUAUGAGAUGUGGGGCGAUGUCAAUAUUGUGCUCGUAGGCUUAGGGCAAGAGAUACAAACUGAGAAAGAAAAGUUACUGAAGAAGUGUCUGGCCUGCUCCGAUCCAGACCUGGCUUUCACUCUGCUGACGCGCCUAGAUAUGGAUGUCAAGAGAGGACUGGUGCGGUUUGGGUUGAGUAGAUAUCCCUUGCUAGGCGAUAAGUAGAGCAAUAAAUACAAUGGCCAAAGUGCAAACAC